ACACGGAGGCGGAAGUGGCUGUGUUUAUGCGUGAAGUUUGCAGCUUGUCGGCUGGAGUGCGUGCACGUUUCGCAACCUCUGAAAAUGAAAGGAUGUCGUUAAAGGAAGUCCGAAAACUUGUGGAGCUUCACGGAGAGUCAGGAGACGCCAUUUAAAACUCUUCCACGCAGACGUUUCUUUUUAAAAUGGCGGAAAUGAGCGUGUGUGUACAGCUGGGAACUGUGGUGUGGGUGUUCCUGCUGUGUGGUGCGGGAGAGUGUGGGAGAAACGUCCUCCUCAUCAUCGCGUCUUGAGGUGCGAAGGGUGGUGUUAUUGUGUUUGUUCGUCCUGCAGCCGACGACGCCGGGUUCGAGACCGAAGUCUACAACAACACGGUGGUCCGAACUCCUCACCUGAGCGCUCUGGCUCGGCGCGGCGUCGUCUUCCGAAACGCCUUCGCGUCCGUCAGCAGCUGCUCGCCCAGUCGCUCCGCCAUCCUGACCGGAUUACCGCAGCACCAGAACGGGAUGUACGGGCUCCAUCAGGGCGUGCACCACUUUAACUCGUUUGACGGCGUGCGGAGCCUCCCGCUGUUACUGAACCAGUCCGACGUGCGCACCGGCAUCAUCGGGAAGAAGCACGUGGGGCCGAGCUCCGUGUACCCCUUCGACUUCGCCUACACGGAGGAGAACGGCUCGGUGCUGCAGGUGGGACGCAACAUCACCCGCAUCAAGCUGCUGGUCCGGAAGUUUCUGCAGGAGCACAAAGAGGAGGACAAGAAGAAGACAAGCGGAGGAAAGACUCGGCCGUUCUUCCUGUACGUGGCGUUUCACGACCCGCACCGCUGUGGCCACUCGCAGCCUCAGUACGGCUCGUUCUGUGAGAAGUUCGGGAACGGAGAGAGCGGCAUGGGGAGAAUUCCCGACUGGAAGCCGCAGCGCUACACGCCCGAGCAGGUCAAGGUGCCGUAUUUUGUCCCGGACACUCCGGCUGCUCGAGCUGAUCUCGCCGCUCAGUAUACCACCGUCAGCAGACUGGACCAGGGUAUCGGUUUGGUCCUGCAGGAGUUGAGGGACGCUGGGUUUGAGAACGAGACGCUGGUGAUGUACAGCUCCGAUAACGGAAUCCCGUUUCCUAACGGACGAACCAACCUGUACCACUCGGGCGUGGCCGAACCCAUGAUCAUCUCCUCACCUGAACACCGAGAGCGCUGGGGACAGACAAGUGACGCCUACGUCAGCCUGCUAGACAUCACUCCCACUUUGCUGGACUGGUUCUCGGUGCCGUAUCCUCCCUACAGCCUGAGCAGAGGGUCUGUGGUCCACCUGACGGGUCGCUCCCUGCUCCCUGCGCUGUCCUCGGAGCCGAUUUGGGACACAGCCUACAGCAGCCAGAGUCUGCACGAGGCCACCAUGUAUUACCCGAUGCGCUCGGUGAGGCGCGGCUGCUUCAUCCUGCUGCACAACCUCGACUACCGCUCACCCUUCCCCAUCGACCAGGACCUGUACGUCUCGCCCACCUUCCAGGACCUGCUGCAGAGGACGCAGGCGGGCACGCCCACCCGCUGGUUCAAGACCCUGAAGCAGUAUUACUACAGGGAGCGCUGGGAGCUGUUCGACACGUGCUCGGACCCGGCCGAGCAGAACAACCUGGCCUCGGAUCCCCGUCACAAAGCCGUGUUGGAGCUCCUGAGGGAGCAGCUGGUGAAGUGGCAGUGGGAGACGGAGGAUCCGUGGGUCUGCGCUCCGGACGCCGUGCUCGAGGACAAGAUGGAGCCCAAGUGCAGGCCGCUGUACAACGAGCUGUGAAGGGACCGUCGCCUUAACGAGUUUCAACUCGCAGCCUUUCACGUUUUAUGCAAAACGUAGUGAAUUGAACAUUGCAAGGAAAAGAAGUGUACACCGAUUCUGUAACAUGGGGAUGCCUUCAAACGGCAUGAAAUCAUACACAGAAGCCAAAAAUAAACAUCAAAGACUA